UGUUCGCAAAGAUUUCAAAGUGGUUUCAUAACUUCGUUGGCUGGCCUCUUCGGUGCCGCUGAUGGUCUUGAGUUUUUUGUAUGAACGCAGCUUGUUAUGUUAAUGAUGUCGGCUGUUAAGCCAUCCAAUUACAAGACGAGCCGAUAUAAGCUCCAACGUUAUCAGUUUGCAACUCAUUGCUUGGCCACGAAUGUCAAGCGUAAAAUCUUUCCGUCGAUUUUUUUUUAAUUUCAUUUUAAAAUAAAAUGAAAUUUGCGUGUUUCUUAGCAGUGGCCCUCUGUGCCCUGAGCGUUUUCCCCCGUUCCGCAGUAGCAGAUGUUAAAAUUGAAAACUCGCCUCAGGGGGUGAAACAUGAGGAGCCAGUGGAGUCCAAGCUUCUGCAUGAAGUUGAGUCUCACGAUGAGGCAUUAGACGACGAAGAUGACGAUGACGAAGAUGCCAUCACAGAGAGUGAUAAUAAGUCUCAUGAAAAUGCCGCCUUGAAUGGGCUUGUCAUAAGCGAAAAAGAUAUUGAACAAUUCAAGGAGCCUGGCAUGCAACGUCUGGCUCGGGAACUGCGUGCAUUCCACAACAACAACUUGUUGCAAGACAGUAACACCCAAUUGAAGAAAUCAGACAACGCUGAAGAUGAUGAUGCCAUGCCCGAAGAACGUGCUGUCCGCAGACGUCAACGUGUGCGCAGGCGCAAAAUCAACAACGGCGUGCGACGUGUUAACAACAACAGGAAUAGAAACCGUCAGUUGAACAAACGUAGACAAAACAAUCGACGCAAGCAGAACAACAGAAACGGCGUUCGCUGGCCAAAUAAUCGAAACAAGAAAUUCAAAACCAAAAAAGCCAAAAAGAGCAAUCGUACCAAAAAUGGCAAACGUCGCGUUGUUCGCCGCAAUGGCAACAAAAAGAGAAACAAGAAUCGCAAUGGUUUCAAGAAGACCAACAACAAGAACAAGAGAAAACGCACGGGUUCCCAAAACAAGCGAAGAGUGAAUAAAAAUCAAGCCCAUGGACCCCGUAAAACCGAUAAUGAAAAGAUGGAACACACCGUCGAUGAACACAAAGAUCAAAAGGUCAACGUCAAUGAAACGCCGGUAAAGGAAAAUCUUGAAUAGUCAUCGGCCUAAGGACGAUGAACUGUGGAUCCAGGCUCUUCAACUGAUAGGAUAAGUUAUUUAUUUAUGUUAUUUAUUAAAUAAAGAAAAUUAUGUUUUAUCGA